AUGGACUACGUUCCUAUGGUGCUGGAAUGGCACGUACUUGAUUUGAAUUAUACCGAGUUUGAUAUAUAUGGAACAAAUAAUUGGAGAGAUGAUAAAAGUACGGAUUGCAGCAGCAGCCAAUGUGUCUGCUCAAAGGGCUACCAUGGAAACCCUUAUCUUCUUCAUGGAUGUCAAGACAUCAAUGAAUGCGAGGAUCCAGACCACCCCAAUAGAUGUGGUUCCGGCAUUUGUAUCAAUUAUCCUGGGAGGUUUAUGUGUCAAUUGCCUGAUCAACGACCAUCACGGGUUACUCUAGCCAUUAUAGGUAUGCCCCUGCACUAA